GAGAAGUUUCUGGGCUCAGAGGUUUAUUUAAGCCGCUGCCCGGGCUCGGACCAGGGGCAGAAGGGAGAGACGGGCGGUCCCAGAGGGCACUGGUGCCCACCUUCGCGCGCCUGCCGGGUCUCCAGAGAGAAUCCCGCCGGAGGUCUGAGGGGGGCUGGGCGCCCUUGCCAUCUGCACUCCCGAGGAUCCCCUCCCUCUGUCCCCAGUCCCUUGCCUGGCUUUCUCCGUCGGAGAGUUUUGGCAAAGGCAGGCCGUAUCUGGAGGGAUUCCCGUCGCUCCGGUUUGGCAUCCCUAGCCAGCCCCCAGGGCUGAGGCAGCCUCUCCAGGGGGAGGACUCGGCUUUUGGGGAGGGGCCUUGAUGGUUAUUCGCUGAGAAGCCCCACAGGGAGCCAGAGGCAGGGCCGGAAGAGGGACCUGGGACUGCCCCGCGUCCACAGCGCCCAGCUAGGGCUCUUGCCGCCGUCGGGGAGUCGGAGCAGGGCCGCUCUGCCCUCACCAAGCCCGCAGCCAUGGCCGACGGCCAAAUUCCCUUCUCUUGCACCUACCCUUCUUCCCGCCUGAGGAGAGACCCCUUCAGGGAGUCGGGCCUGUCCAGCCGGCUGCUGGAUGAUGAUUUCGGCAUGGCCCCUUUCCCCGAUGACCUGACGGCCGACUGGCCCGACUGGGCCCGGCCCAGACUGUCCCCGUGGCCGGGUCCCCUGAGGGCCGGCAUGACCCCCCUGGUCCCCAGCAUGGCCCCUCCAGUCUACGGAGCCAGAUAUGGGCCCGUGGAGAACCGAAGCCCACCCCCCUGCCGCGGGGAACCCUGGAAAGUCUGUGUCAACGUGCACAGCUACAAGCCAGAGGAACUGACUGUUAAAACCAAGGAUGGCUUUGUGGAGGUGUCAGGCAGACAUGAAGAGAAGCAACAAGAAGGGGGAAUUGUUUCCAAGAACUUCACAAAGAAAAUCCAACUCCCAGCUGAGGUGGACCCAGUGACCGUCUUUGCUUCCCUGUCCCCUGAAGGCCUGCUCAUCAUCGAAGCCCCCCAGGUGCCUCCUUACUCUGCAUUCGGAGACGGCAGCUUAGGCAACGAGCUGCCCAUGGACAACCAUGAAGUCACCUGCGCUUGAAGAGCCCUCCGGAGGCAGAGCCCUCCUUGCCUUCCUCUCCCUUCCCUCCCCCAGACCCAAGAGAUUUCUCUCUGAUUCCAGAUGCAAUUACUCCGUAGAGUAGCUCCAUAGAGAUGUAUGUUGGAUAGAGAAGAUGGUUUUUCUGCUCUUACCACUGAGAGGGAAGUCUCCUUACCCAGAGUGCCUGCCUACUGAUUGCUGUCCUGCCCCACCCUCAGGAGGUCCGACCCUCAGCUUCUCCCCGGACAGAGAGCCGACCCUGCACCAUCCCAGGAGGGCUAGUGACGACAGUCCCGCUGCUUGCUCCCACAGCUCGUCCCCCUUUUCCCGGGUCCCAGAGUCAAGCCCAGAAACCCCCCGCCACCCCCUUGUCCCUCCACGUCCCUGCAGGCCGCCGGCCAUCCCCCAGCCUCACCGAGAUCACUUUUUAGAGGUCUUACAUGCAUUAAGUGUUUAUCUGUAUAUCAGACCUAAGUUAGGGGGUGCCUUUUUUGUUCAUAUUUUCCUUUAGUUAAGUAGAUAUUUAUGGAGAUGGGCCUGAAUGGGGGAUUUUAGGCCCCCCUCUGGUCAAUUGUUGGCUAACUCUCUCCUCUGUCUAGUUCCCUCCCCCACUUUUUUUCCCCAGGUCCAGGUUUUCCCAGGAGGGAAUUGCCAGGUUUGGACCUUGCUCUCCAGAGUUGCCAGGAACCAAGUGCCAGCCAGACAGACAGAACUGACAAAGAGAGGCUGGGAACUUUCCACAAUGUGACAGUGUCAUGUGCUUGGGUGGGAACAUUUCUGUAUCGUGCUGGGGUUUGUUUUUCAGUUGUGUUCUUGUUUGAGGGAAAAAUAACUUUAUGAAUAAUAAAAAAGAAAUGGAUCUUCUUA